GUGACGUCACGCAGGUCGGCGCGUCCCGGCGGCCGCGGUGGCUGGGCUGGAGAGGGCGGCGGUGGCCAGCGCGGCAGAGGGCCGGCCCGGGGCGCGGAGCCGCGGAGGGGUCACAGCUAAGGGACUCCCUGAGACCGUGUCUCCGGCCUUUCACUGGAGGGGAAGGCACCGGAAGGCCGACCGGCCACCAUGUCAACAUUCAGGCAGGAAGAUGUGGAGGACUACUAUGAGAUGGGGGAGGAGCUGGGCAGCGGCCAGUUUGCCAUUGUGCGGAAAUGCCGGCAGAAGGGCACCGGGAAGGAGUACGCGGCCAAGUUCAUCAAGAAGCGUCGCCUGUCGUCCAGCCGGCGGGGGGUCAGCCGGGAGGAGAUCGAGCGGGAGGUGAACAUCCUGCGGGAGAUCCGGCACCCCAACAUCAUCACGCUGCACGACAUCUUCGAGAACAAGACGGACGUGGUGCUCAUCCUGGAGCUGGUCUCGGGCGGGGAGCUCUUCGACUUCCUGGCGGAGAAGGAGUCGCUGACGGAGGACGAGGCCACCCAGUUCCUCAAGCAGAUCCUGGACGGCGUCCACUACCUGCACUCGAAGCGCAUCGCCCACUUCGACCUCAAGCCAGAGAACAUCAUGCUGCUGGACAAGAACGUGCCCAACCCACGCAUCAAGCUCAUCGACUUCGGCAUCGCCCACAAGAUCGAGGCGGGGAACGAGUUCAAGAACAUCUUCGGCACCCCCGAGUUCGUGGCUCCCGAGAUCGUCAACUACGAGCCCCUGGGUCUGGAGGCAGACAUGUGGAGCAUUGGCGUCAUCACCUACAUCCUUCUGAGCGGCGCCUCCCCGUUCCUGGGCGAGACGAAGCAGGAGACCCUGACCAACAUCUCGGCCGUGAACUACGACUUCGACGAGGAGUACUUCAGCAACACCAGUGAGCUGGCCAAGGACUUCAUCCGCCGGCUGCUUGUCAAAGACCCCAAGAGAAGAAUGACCAUCGCCCAGAGCCUGGAGCAUUCCUGGAUCAAGGCGAUCCGGCGGCGGAACGUGCGGCGGGAGGACGGCGGCCGGAAGCCGGAGCGGCGGCGCCUGAAGACGGCGCGCCUCAAGGAGUACACCAUCAAGUCGCACUCGAGCAUGCCCCCCAACAACACGUACGUCAGCUUCGAGCGCUUCUCCAAGGUGCUGGAGGAGGUGGCCGCGGCGGAGGAGGGCCUGCGUGGCCUGGAGCACAGCCGGCGCCUGUUCCACGAGGACAUCGAGGCGCUGACGGCCAUCUACGAGGAGAAGGAGGCCUGGUACCGGGAGGAGAACGAGAGCAUCGGCCAGGACCUGCGGCGGCUGCGGCAGGAGCUGCACAAGACCGAGGCCCUGCGGCGGCAGGCCCAAGAGGAGGCCAAGGGCGCCCUGCUGGGGGCCAGCGGGCUCAAGCGCCGCUUCAGCCGCCUGGAGAACCGCUACGAGGCCCUGGCCAAGCAGGUGGCCUCCGAGAUGCGCUUCGUGCAGGACCUGGUGUGCGCCAUGGGGCAGGAGAAGCUGCAGGCCGGGGGGUGCGGCCUCCGCUAGGGCCUGGCGGGCGGGCGGCCCCUCCACAGCCCCGCGACGAGGGCCCCGGUGGGAAGGGCGCGGGGCCGGGACGUGCUCGCGGGGCCGGGAACCAGAGGCCGCCCUCCUCCCGCUCAGCCCCUCUGUCCUGCGGCUUCCGGGUCAGCGUCCCCUGGGGAGCCCCGUGAGCCCCGCGAGCGCUCGGCACCGCGGGACAGAGCCGGCCAGGCGGCCCAGGGCCAGCCGCGUGCAAGGCCUGGGCCUGGAGCUCGGAACCCGGGGGCGGGCGG